AAAAGAAUACCUACGUCACAAAUGAAUCAUACACGCUCAACUUUACAAUCCCCCUGAAGCCACGUUAUGACAACAAGAUUCAUAGAAUAUCUCUGUGCGCAAACUUAGUACCCUGUCACAAUACCAUGCCAAAACUCAUCCAAAUUUAAUUUAUGUGUUAUCAUCCAAUGGCGGCAACUUCACUAUGCACCACCACUUCAACAUCUACCCACCCUUUUCUUGAAUUUCCCAAACUCAAAACCCCCAUUUUUUCCAAUAAAUUCCCUCGUCGCCGGAGCAUCACCGGAGCUCCGGCGAGUCUGACAGUUCGGAUGGUUGCAAAUGGCUUUUUCAGGAGGGAGGAGACUAAGAAGAAAAGUUAUAAUAAGAUAUACACAAGGGUGGGUUCUUGUUUAGUUAUUCCUCCACCUAAAGGGAGAAAACCAAAGGGAAUUAUCAAAUUUCUUGGUGGUGCUUUCAUUGGUGCUGUUCCAGAAGUCUCUUACAGCUAUUUACUUGAGCUCCUGGCUAAUGAAGGGUAUCUUAUUAUAUCUGUGCCAUAUAAUGUGACGUUUGAUCACUCUCGAGCUAGUAGAGAAAUUUAUGAGAAAUUUUUUGGAUGCUUUGACGGAAUCCUGAAAACAGGGCUGCCUGAUUUUGGUUUAACAUCUACUGAUCUUGUUGAUCUUCCAAUUUAUUGUGUUGGGCAUAGCAACGGUGCUCUUCUUCAAGUAAUUAUAGGAAGCAAUUUCUCAGAGAAGAUACCAAGAGCUAAUGCCAUCAUAUCAUACAACAACAGGCCAGCAACAGAAGCAGUACCUUACUUUGAGCAGUUGGGCCCUCUACUAAAUCAGAUGAUGCCUGUUGUGGAAGCUUCUCCAAUUUCUUCAAUGGCUAGGAGUGCCUCAGAUGCGUGGAAGAUGCUGCUUGAUACAGCCGAGGCAAUGACAUCAGACUUUGAUCCAGAAGCCCGGGUUUCCCUAGACAAAUUCGCGGAUCAGUUGCCAAAUGUAUUCAAUCAGGUUGCUGAAGGAAUAUCCGAGUUCAGGCCUACACCAUUGGAGAACCGAAAUUGUUUCAAAAAAUCAUACAAUGUUCAGCGUACGCUACUGGUUAAGUUCGAUUCUGACACAAUUGACGAGACAGACCUUCUUGAAGAGACGUUAAGACCUCGGGUUGCCUCUAUAGGUGGAACAUUGGAAAAGGUGUCACUAAGUGGUAACCACAUAACACCUUGCAUUCAGGAGCCAAAAUGGGAAGCAGGAUACGUAUACACUCCAGCAGAUGCCAUAGCUCAAGGACUUAAAACUAUCUCACUAAACGACACUAAAGUCCUUUCCAGAACAGUUGCUGAUUGGUUGAGCAGUGACAGAUAAGUGAAGCCCUUGCAACUGAAGUUAUAUACGGACUGUCCAGAGAUAUUUCAUUAUUUCCGUCGGUGGUAUGUUCUUAUUCAGUCAUUUGAGCAUUUCAAAUGUUGAAGUUUAGGGAAACAGAAUUAGUACCAUACUGCAUACGUGUGAACUACACUGUCAACUGGCUGAUCCAUGCAGUUCCUUAUAAUUGUCACUAGGAAUAAGCUUUAAAUUGAAAUGUGUAUAUAUUAGCACCUAGCCUUUAACCUGAAAACUUUAGCAUUCUGCUGGUUAUAAUCUUUUGACAGUAUUAAAGAAGACAUCCAAUGGUUUCGUGUUGA